UCAUCUCACCAUCUCACACUUGUAAGCUCACACAAUGGCAGGCACUAAACUGGUAGCCCUAGGUUUCAUUGUCCUCUUGAGCAUUAUGAGCUUAGCCAAUGCUGCAAGGGUAGCUAGGUACUCCAGUUCGGGAGGAACUGGUACCGGAGAGGGCGGCGGCGGUGGAUACGUGAAUGGUGCUGGCUCUGGGUCUGGUAGUGGUGCUGGGUCUGGUGAAAGUGGUUCAAAUGGUGUGCACGCGAGUGCCGGAGGUGGAGGCGGAGGUGGUGGUAGCAGCAACUAUGGUGGCUCUGGGUAUGGUGGUGGAUCUGGCUCGGGUUCAGGCUCUAGCCAGUACAUUGAAGGCUCAUAUUAUGGCUAUGGUGGGUAUUCUAACGCUGGUGGUAAUGGAGGUGGCGGUGGUGGAGGACAAGCUGGUGGUAACUAUGGGUCCAGUGGCCAAGGUGGUGGUAGCGGAACCGGUUCUGGCUCUAGCCAAGCUGGUACAUACCGGUACGGUCCGGGUUAUGCAAAUGCUAAUGCCAAUGGCAAUGGUGAAGGAAAAGGCACCGGUCAGAAUGGUGGUAGUGGCGGCGGUCAGGGUGGUGGAUCUGGCUAUGGUAAUGCGAACCCUUAGAAGCUCUACCUAUCAGAAGAUGGAGCCCAACCUAUGGUGUUUUUGGCUGUUAUUUUAUUAGAAUUUGCUUACUUUUAUAUUUGUAUCAUUAUGCAUGUGCUAGAUUGUAUCGAGUUAAUAAAGGGUUCCAUCAUUGUACAAUAAACACAAAAAUAUGUAUGUUGGCAUGCAUCUCAUACAGUGUGACUGGUGGUUGAGAUUGAGACUAUACUAUUAUC